AUGCCAGACUCAGAGUCUCAUUCCGUCCAGAUUUUCGACUCUCUACCUUAUUACGACAAAGAAUUGGAAUUAUAUCCUCAGCUCAAACAAAAGGUUGAACAAGAACUUGCUCGUCAACCCAAACCACCUUCAACCUUACACCCACGCGUUCCUCCUCCAUUCGAGCUCUUUGCAAACAACCCUCUUCUGAAAGCCGAAUUAGAGCGUGUGGAAGCGCACCAACCGUUUCCCCCUUUAGACACCGUCAGGUAUCAAUUGCCUGCUCCCAUAUCAAACCCCGCGGCUGAAGGGGAGUGGGCAGCUGCACUGAAUAAUGCGAGGGCACAAUUGGAACACCAACGAAUACGACAAACCAACUUGACCCUCCUGCAAAACUAUGGAUCCAAUGCAUGGAGGAUACAAAAUUACCUCCUUGAAGAGACUGCUAAAAAUAUUGAAAAGACACUUGAAGAUUUGACGCAGCUUACGACGGACGUUAACCGAGAGCGCAAGAACACUCAAACGAAACUUGGGUCACAAUUGACUUCAUUAGAGACGAGAUGGACUGAGCUCAUUUCAGGGAUCUUGCAAAUAGAAAUGGCGAAUGUGGCACUAGAUGCAGAAGUUGACCGACUAAACAAGCGGGAGGCGGAAAUGGCGGAGAUGCUUUGA